GUGUUUCUUGCUGGUGAUCGGCUCCAUUAUGCCCUGUCUGCCCGAGUUCUCCUCUGUGACCCACACAGUGAAAUCCUCCCCACUUCUGUUGGCUGAAGUCUACACCGCCACUCAAAUUCGCUCUCGUACCCUCCUCUUCUACAACGAGGGCUCCCGGCUUGAGGAGAGCUAUGGAAGGUUCCUGAAGGUGGAGGAUGACAGCAACCUCUCGGAGGGCCAGCCGGACCAGGACACCCCAUCGGAACACGAAGCCGGAAAGUACCUGAGCCGGACCCAUGCAGAUUCCCAGGACUACAAGAAGACUGGAGUGGAGCUCCCGCACGAGAAGAAACAGUAUCACAAGAGGUGAGGCCAGGGCCCAUAUUCAUAAAGC